AUGCUCCCUCUCGUUGUUAUAGCUUUUUCUAGCAUCAGCUCGUUUGCUAGAGCCGCUCCUAUGGCUCUUUCAUACGAUGAUGUUAUUGUCUUGAAAACUGAUGGCAAAUCGGAAAUCAUGAAGGCAGCCGACUUCGACCAGAAACAAGCUCGAGCUGGCGAUUCUUCAGUUGCUCGUACCAACAGCCUCAACCCUAGCAAUAUGGCUCCCCGAGGCUGUGACAAAAGCAAGGAGAUUCAGGUGCUCUCUGAUACUGAGUUUCUCAACUGGGAUGUUGCCAUUUCGCCAGUUGUUAGUAGUCUGGGCGGUGAAACAGCUUCAGUUGCUGUGACUGAUGGCUACAUGAUCGCAAACUCAUUGACGGUUACGGAGGGGGUCAAUUACACACCGGUCAAGGACAUCCUCCAGUUGACGUACUCUAUCUCAUAUGCCGAAACCUGGACCACGCAGCAGUCACAAACCCUGACAUUUACGGUCCCUGACAACAUGUACGGCGUCAUUGUGAGCCAACCAUACGUCCACCGCAUUCAGGGCAAUGUGUUGAGUGGCUGUACCGACAAUCCAAGCAACACCACCUUCAUGUCAGACACUUACACGAGCCAAUCUUACGGCGACCUGAACUGGGUCAAGGGCGUUAUCAGACUGUGUAGCAGCGAGACGUACCCUAUUCCUUACUGCAUCGGUGACGGCAAUCACUCUUAA